AAUCAUUAAAAUAUAUAAGCUCGCAUUGGUCGUCGUGUCCAAUCACUGUUUAUACGUUUCUGCCACGUAUUAUCAUUCUUAUUCUCAUUCUCAGAUUAUAAUUAAACAUCCCAGCAAAUAAAUUAAAUAACAAAAAAUAAAAAUGGGCAAAUUACCAUUUUUAUUGGUGAUACUCACGAUCGUGUACCACUGCCAUGCAGAACAAUCUUUUUCAAUCGGAAAUAUUAUGGGAGUUGGUGACGUUAUUCGUGAUACCGCCGGUUCCAUAAAUAGCGUUUACAGGAAAUUGCAAGGACCCGAUAAAAAAACAUUACAGCAGCAAGAACAGGGUAUUAAGGACAUAAGAGAUUCUUUAUCAAAAAAUCGAGGUGUACUCGGCCAUGCUCAUCAAAACGCAAAAAACUUUCAUAACCAACUUAAGGCUACCGAUGAAAGUAUUUAUGAUUUGACGCAAAGCAUUCAUGAAUUGACGGCAACCCAGAAGAAAUAUCAAAUUAGAAUUAUUUAUGCGUUCGAUGCAAUAAACCGAAUAUCUGAGGAAUUGACUGAAAUUCCAUUGGCAAUUCACGAGAUGAUGAAAGGUUUACUGAAUGAUUUUAUCGAGUACGUGACAAACGAAGCUGAGCUCAACAGUAGAAUGAUUGAAUUACAGGAAUAUACAACACGUAUUGACAGUUUAUACUCCAGAUUUUUAGAACAUAUUAAUCCAUUCAAACCUUUCGAUCCUCAUGUUACGAAAGCUUUCACUGGAACUUUAUUGUCAUACAAUCCGGACGAACUGAUCAAUACUGUUCAAAAAAUGCAUGAUUUACUGGUACCUGGUAGAGCGGGAAUAAUUUACGACGGACUAUUUAUGUAUAUAAAAAAUCAUCAGAACCGAUUGGGUUUCGAAAGUAGAUGUGACUUAGAACAUUCAUUUCAAAAUAAACUACGCACAAUAUAUAAUUUAGUUAUUGUCACUGAAAUCCGAGCAUUUUCAAUGAUCAUGUUUGCCUUAAGGUACCGGGAAAUAUCUAACCACUUCGUGUUGAGGUUUAAGUCGCAAAAGAUUUCUGCGGUAAAGCAGGUAAUGAAACGUUUGUCUAAUUAUUUGGAAGCUAUGAAAACGGCCAUGGGGACAUCGUCGAGGGAACUUUUCCGCUGCGACCCGUCUAAACAGAUAAUAGAUGAAACAUCAUUCCGGUUGAACAAUUUGUUUGGAAAGUACUACGUUAAUACCAAACAACUGUUCAAUACAUGUGAGGUUGAAGCGGAAGAAAUACAAACGGAAAAUGCUAUUGAGGAUCUAGAGAGAUUCGAUGAAGACAAAUCGACAUUUUUUGUUCCGUUUUACAGACCUAGGUAUCAAUGUAAUGGUAUAUUACAUGAUUGUGUGAAGGCAGAUCGUGACUACAAAUUUUGUGAAUCGAAUAUAGGUACCAUGAGACGUUAUAGCUUCGCUAUAAAUAGUACAUCAUUUCCAACUAAACCAACUGAUUGUAACGGACGUUACAUCGAUACACUGACUCAGCCUAAAUGUCCGAAUCUGAUAUGCCAAUGCUCUGAAGAAAGUGCUCAAUCCAUCGCAACACGUGCCAUCAAUUUAAUGCCUCAAAUGGCGGACAUUGAAAAUAACAUGGUUGUUACAAAUGUUCGUUUGGUAAAAAAAUACAAUAUGGUCCAUUUGGAAAUUGAACAGGGUAGAUUACUAAGCGAAGGUAGCAUAGACGAUGAAUCAAAAGAAGCUGUGCCAAUUGGUAAAUUCCGUUAUUUCCAAAAUGUACCAGAAGGUUCAUUCGUUAAACUAUCCGAUGCCGUAGACGAUAAUAUAAUACCAUUAACAUACGACGUUGAUUACACAUAUCUUUUCCGCAACCGUGAUACAAUGAACCUGGAUGACAUUGUGCUUGAAAAGGGUUACGUUGUUACUGGAGUUAAAUUCGGUACUGCUGAACUUAAUCCCGCAGAUAUUAACGAAAAGAAUAAAAGUCCAAUACAAUUGGAAGUAUUUGGGACGCCAUUUGAUUAUGAUACUGGAAAAUUGAUACCAACCGAAACCAAUCCGACGAAACUUUUCAAAGCUGUCGAUAUGUCAAAACAUGAAGAGUAUACUUUCGGAAGGACACCAGUAGAUAUUUCUAAUAGCGAUGAUUCAAUAAAGAUGCCUCAGAAUACAAAAACAUCUAAACCAAAUCAGUCAAUUAGAUUCCAAACUACCUCUUGGGAUAAAGAUUUGGGACAGACUGUUGUUCCAUACUUUGAUACUUUGCCUGCUUUAGUAACAACAAAAAGAACCGUUGCACUGGAUGGUGUUGGUAUUUUCCAUCGUGGUUCACCAGGUUACGGUGGUUUUAUAGCUCCUAAAAUUUUCACCGUCGAUCAUUCCAAGUACAUUAAAUCCGCCAUAAGCGAUGAAGACAUAGAAAAAUAUUCAAUGUCUUGGAUAAUAAAUGACCCAGAAGAAGAACCAACACCAGCAGCCAUACGAGCAUACUUAAGAAAACUCGAAGAGUUGAGUCAAAGAAAAUCUUAAAUUUGACUUGAUUAAACUUAAUUUUCUUUGAAGUCGAUAUGCCGACAACUGUAUUCCACAUUUCAACUUUUUUUGACU